AUGAAGUUGACCAGUUCCAUCCUGGCCCUCGCGGCCAUCUUCAGCGCUGCUUCCGCCAUUCCCGCCAUGUUUCCUCCAGUUAGCGGAGUUGGUCGCCCUGCCGCUACCAACAGCCCCAUUCUCGAGCCCUUCCAAGAGCUUCACGCUAAGACUGGGACCAUGCCCGACAGGCCUGAGAGAGAACCCAUUGCCCAAGCCCAUAAUGAAGAUUCCCUCAGUAGCGUCUCUGACAACGCUGCCACCAAGACCGUGAUCGUCACUCUCCUCGAACGGGUCGAUACCGCCCCCGAAUCCACUGCCGCCCUCCGCAAUCCUGAUCACUACGAGGACCUGUUCCUGACUUCCGAGCAUCUCAUGAAUCUCAUGGCUGCCCAUCGCGACGACCCCUGCAGGAACGGCGACGGCCCUUGUCUCCGCCGCAUGACGUGCAGCUACGACGGCGAUGUGCAAGCCGAGGAAAUUGUGAACUGCUUCUGCAAUCUCGUGGUCGCCUGCGACGAAAACGGCGACCCCUACAGCGUCUUCAGCCAGCUCGGCGGCCACGUCCCUGACUUCACGACCCCCGCCGAUUAUUUCACAGCCGCGCCCGCUCCUACUCCUGUCCGUGGCGUUGAUGGUGAGCUCUUGCGACCUGGUUUUGGCAUCAAGCUUGGCUGCGACGCUGUCACCAGCGCCAACGCCACGACCGCUUUCCCGACUGAACAUGAUACGCAGAGAUACUCGGACUUUCCUGGACAAGAAGAGCCGGAUUUUGAAGAUGAGGAGGCCAUCACCGUAAUCGUGACCCUUCCCCUUCCCGAUGAAACGAAGUCCACUGGGAAUGGCACCACCACCAGGAAGCCCCGACCCACACCAACCACAAGCCCUUGGGAGAGGCCAAUGGUCGACACCUCGGCCACCAUCACCUGCCUCCAUGAUCUCGACCCAGACAGCGUCUGCAAGACUCACUUUCAGUGCAGAGCCGGCGGCCAGGGCCUCCUUCCCAUCUAUGAUUCCUUUGACCCAGACAUUGUGGAGAUUUGCUCUCUUGGCUGCUUCUGCUCCAACGAGCUGGACCAUCCCGUUGUCAUCACUGUCACAAGGGACCCAUCCAAUUCAGCCACAGUCUCCAAGUUUCCCCUCUAA